AUGGCCUCUGCUACUCUCUCGAAAGCGCUUGAACUGGAUGCGCUGUUCACCGGGCCCGACAAUGAUGUCUCCGGCACAGAGCUCGACAAGCAUCUGAAAGAUUACCGUGUUGUCUGCCAGGAUCUCGUCCUCAAUGACUUCGAAACCGCGUCCGCCCAAAGCUUGGAAACCCGCCUUUGGAACGCGCACGUCAAGGUCAACGGUAUCUAUAGGAAGGAACUUCAGGGCCUGAAACGCACCCGCAAUAAUAACCCGGUCGAGCUCCGCAAGCACGAGAAGAAGUAUCUGGCUUUCAUCAAGGAUAGUCAGCGCUUCUACCGUCAAUAUAUAUUUUCACUGGAUGCGGCGUGCUGCGGCAUUACCGAUCUGCGCAAGGUAGCCCAGAAAUGGGGGAAUGAUGCGUCCACUGCCGCUCCUAGCAAGCAGGUUCCCGCAAACCUGAAAGAUUCAAUGCUCCUUUCUUGCCAUGAAUCGCUCAUUCACCUGGGCGAUCUCUCACGCUGGCGUGAAACUGAGUUGGUUGAAACGAACCGCAACUGGGGUCCCGCCAAAGGGUACUAUGACCUCGCUGCUGAAUUGUAUCCUGACUCGGGCAUGCCGCAUAAUCAGUUGGCCGUCAUGGCCCGCGAGGAUGGCGAUCUGUUCCGCUCCACCUACCAUCUUUAUCGUUCGCUCGCCUGUAAGGAACCCCAUCCUCUGGCGCAGCGCAAUCUUGUCUCUGGAUUCAAGAAGAUCGAGUCCCUUUGGAAGAAGAAUGAGCACUUCAACAUCCAACGGUCUGGCGAUAACAGCACUGCAGCACGCGCUUUGAUCACCUGGUUCGUGCGAUUGCACAGCAAGUGCUUCAAGGGCGAAGAAUUCUCGCAGCACGAUGAAAUGGAGAAUGAGGUCCUCACUCAGCUGCAACUUGAGCUUAAGGAACGCUCCUUGGAUUCCGUCAUGCAAAAGAUCGUUUUGACCAAUCUGGCUGCCGAGUACCACGCGACUGUCCAGAUGAGAUCCGCCGAACCGCCCGCAAACAUCAUGCGUACCUAUUGCUUCUACCUGAGGCUCAACGUCAAGACUUUCUUCACCCUUCUUCUCAUCCUCCAACCUGAGCUGGACCGCCUUUCCGAAGGCGAUGAUGUUCACCAGAACGGCAGGCGAACCCCCCAGCUAUCCGACAAGAUCACCGCCGUCGCAAGGCGUGUUCUCCCAGCGUUGCGUCUCUACAGCACCUGGUUCCUACGUUAUUGGCGUGUCCUUGGUGCGGAGGCUGUUGCUACUAUGCUGAGGAAUGUGGAGGUGCAGGAACUCUGGAAGGCCUAUGCAGGGACUCUGUCUCUGCUCGCAUCGACCUUUCCGGCCGCCGAGCUUCCUUCGGACACGUACAUGCUCGAAGAGGAUACCGAAACGAUUGGGUUCCAACCGCUGAUCUCGCCCGAAACGAAGAAGUUGUGGUACAACGGCAAUGAGAUGAAGCAAAAAUGGAGCGACCUCGAGAGAAACCAUCCUAACACUGAGAUGCUCAUGCGAGUGCGCGAUCUGCUGGUGGACGGUUUGGUUCUGGCAGACUUACCCGAAGCCCCCUUGGAUCUCAAUGGGUUACGAUUCAUCUAUCGCGAAGCGGAUAUACCCUCCGAGCUUCUGGCCAGUCCCAACAAUCCUCCAGAUGCUUCGCCCCCAAUGCCUGCCGAAGCUAUGGAGAUACCUCUGUUCCCGCAAGUUCAGCCCGUUCCGGAAGAUCAGCAGUCGCAGAGCGUCAGUGUGGUGGCUCCCUCAGAGACUCCCUCCGCCGCUCUUGCGCGCGAGUCGGCUCUCACCCGCAUGGUCGAUGAUCUAGUCAGUGCCGAUGCCAACCUGGAGCCGCUGCCGGAAGAGGACGAGAACAUUCCACCUACGCCGCCGGAUAACACAUUCGAGAAUACUGUUGUCACGGAGAAUGGAUUUGGCUCCACGACCUUUACCAUCAGUGACAUUGUUAACAACAUGCAAAAGAAGAAGCCAACUGGAAGCCCGGCACCCGCCUCAUAUCUUCCGACGCCCAUGGAGAGGGUUGGUUCCAACUCGUCAGCCAGACAUGUUGCAAAUCUGCCGUCGAUUCCGGAUGGGUCGUAUAAUGGUCACUCCAUCUGGAAUCAGAACUAUUCCGGUCCCUCGUCUCCCUUUGUUGGCAAUGCUCAUGAUUUGAUUGGAUCCCCAAAGCUCGGUGGUUUGCAUGCCCCUUCGUAUGGACACUCUCGGAACAACUCCUCCACAUCGUUGCGCAGCAUUGGCUGGAACGGGCCCAGUAUGUCCAUAUCGCAGAGGCAAGUCUCAGGAGGGCUUGGUAACGGCGGUGCGUGGGGAAAUCCUGCGUCGCCUGUCUAUCAGAGCUGUUCCGGUGCUUACCAGAACGGUCAAGCGAUGAAUGGGUACGGGAUUACCGGCAACAACGGCUAUGGUGCCGGCGGCUAUACCAAUGGCUAUGCAAGCAGGUCUCAAAACUAUGCGGGCCUCGAAAUGACGAAUCCUCUCCAUAGGAAGCGCGAUCGCAGCACUGAGCUUGGUCAAGGAUAUAGCUCUUUUGCUCACGCCUCUUUCAACGGUCAAGCUGGAUGA